GAUAUUAACUUUACCAGGAAAAAAAAACAAUUGAGGUUGUUAUACUUGAUUGAUAUCUAUACUGCAUAAGGUAAACUAUACUGACCUCUGAUGGGGUUAAGUGAAGUACGUACGCUACGUACCUCCUUGCAUUGCGAGAACUUACCUUGACCUUCCUUAUCUACUAGGUGCUAGAAGUUCUCAGCUAAACUGAUCUAAUGGUAGGUGCCAAGGUGGUUUGGCAUUGGAGGUAGAAGUUUAAUUUUCUGAUGAUUUUCACCUUAAUCUAUUGGAGGGUCCUCAAGAGUCAAGACUCAAGAGGUUUAGUCUACCUGGCACGCUUCCACCUCAACUGGUGAAACUACAUUACCUUAGAGAAAUUGAUUUGGUUUACAAUUAUCUUAGUGGUACAAUACCAGCAGAAUGGGGUUCAAUGCAGUUAACUUCAAUCUCUCUUGUUGUAAAUCGCUUAUCAGGGGAGAUUCCAGUGGAGCUGGCAAAUAUUACCACUCUCAGAUACCUAUAUGGUGAAGAGAAAUACAUGGGAGUGGGCUUCGUGGACCUAUCCCGUGUAUCAUAUCUCUCCUGAGUAAUUUAGAACAGUUGAGGAUUAGUGAUAUAAAUGGAACAGAGCAGGAUUUUCCUAUGUUGAAAAACAUGACUGGCCUAGUCAAAUUGAUACUGAGAAACUGUAACAUUUCUGGAGAGAUCCCUCCUUACCUAUGGACACUGCAGAAACUGGAAAUGCUGGAUCUGAGUUUUAACAAGUUGAUAGGAGAAAUUCCAACAACAAUCAGCUUAAAGCGUUUGAGAUUCCUAUUCUUAACUGGCAACUCUCUGAGUGGAAGUGUACCAGACUCAAUCUUCAUAGAUGGAAGCAAUGUGUUGAGGACUAGCAAAAGAAAAAUCAAAAGGCCAAUAAAGUACAUUAACUACCGGGAUUAUACACGUGGAGAUAUGUAGGAUGCUAUUGAUAGCGUAUCAAAGGCUUCUCAAAGUAAGAUAUCAAAGGCAUUUUUGCAGCAGCCCCCUAUUCAGGAACUAAUUGGAAGGGAUCUUCAUGAUAUAUAAUGAAUGGAAAUUCAGACAUAUUUCGUGGAGGCUUGCAACAACACUAGAGUAAUUGGUACAUGAAGUAGAUCGAGGAAGAUCCCUGCAAAGUUCAUCUUGAAGUAGCUAGAGGAAAAUAACUAACUUGUAAAGCUUAAUUAUCGAUCUUGUAAAUUUUGGUAGAAGCUUCAUUCAUUUUGUAACAUUUAUGAGGAAAAUUAAAGUGUAACAUUUCCUUUUAUAUAAGCUUCAUUCCUUUUUG